AUGUUCCUCUGCAUCCCCAUCGUCUAUGGCUGUCCAUCAAAGUACGUCUGCAUCACCCAACCUGUCGCUAUCACUCCACCUCCUCUCUCCGAGUGCCACGCGUGACCGCAGUGUACGCGUGUGGCGGCCCCCACUCUGACGGGUUGAUCAGCACGGCGGCGCCGCGUGACGUAGUGUGGAGCUGCGUGGAAUGGCCGAUCAAGGGAUUGAAGCCACUGCAUGAGCUGGGAUUGGAGUGGCUCACUACGCGUCGCAAGCAAGACGAGCUUGUACACAGGAUCUUCACAUGAUGCCGAAUGUGGCACUAACUCUCUCGAUUUUGCCCACAGACUGACUCAGGAAGGCCACGAUCAAAUCAUCUGCCCCGUACGUGUUAGCACCAUGCCGGCUGGCCCCUGUCCGCAUCGUGGCCGUGGCUAGUACUGAAUGAGCUUCUGCGGACACGUACAACACAGCGCUGCCAUAACUCGGGCGCUCAUCAAUACAAGCAAAAGAAGUGGUUCGAGGUCAGUUGAGUUGGAACAAGUGAGCUGAUAUACUUGAGCUUGUGACUGACUUUCGUUGGGGGCCGCCCUUCCCGCGCAGCUGUGCUACGUACCCCUGUUCGUGUCCUCGCACCCGGAACCCCGUCACACCAAACCUUUCGCUCAUCCCUUGACUCAUCACAGGAUUCCGCUCGGCUCGAAACAAGUCUACAUGUGCUCGAGUCAGUUGCACCUCUUUGCGGUCAAUCUCAUACCCAAAGCCGCUCACUAAUUUCUGGAUCUCACAUCCUUCGAACCAGUCUGUCAAUGGCGUGCCCCUGUCCACAACGUCAACGUCAACGAACUAUCUUCUGGGAAAGGACAAACACAAUAUGGCGUUCCCGCAGCACCACCGACGUCGAACUCGGGUGGUUACGACGUCGCUUACUCGACACCCACGGCCAAGUAA